AUGAAUGGCUUUGUGGCGGGGCAAUUUCGGAUCUCCAAGCCUGAGACAGGCUUCCAGCAGAAGGCUGGCAGCUACCGGGACUAUGGUGAUGGAAGUCAGUUCCAAAAGACCACGGGCCUGGCGAGGAAGCGGACGACAGGCACCGCUAUGCCUCGGGAGAAUUCGAUCCACAAGGGCUUGGUUGUUUGUACCAAAGAGUACGGCGCCUUCGUCCAGCUUGGCAAAGGUGAGAAGUUCAAGGAUGGCUUUCUACACAUCGGCUGCUUGCCAAACCCGCCUGGCGUGGAGCGUGUUGAAGUCGUGAACUCUGUGGUGCGAGAGGGUGACACCGUUUGGGUCAAAGUGCGAGAUGUGGACGAAGAGAAUGGCAAAUAUGCCUUGGACAUGAGGUUCGUGCACCAGAAGGAUGGCCAGGACUUGGAUCCUUUCAACGGCCGAGGUCGAGUGCCAAAGGAUGUGGGAUGGGUGUUCCCCAAGCAGCAGCUGAAGCACAUCCACGCGGCCAAUGCUGUGAUCUCCUCACAGCGUGAGGGCUUCGAGUUGAAGAGCGAAAUCGAAAAGCGGAAAGAGGAGGAGACGCGGGACGUUUGGUGA